GCCCCGCCCCCCGCGGGAAGCCCCGCCCCGUCUGGGGGAGACGGCGCAGCAGAGUGGGUUUCCCUUCCGGAGUUCGCCGCCGCCCCCCCGCCCGCCGGGUUCGCUUCCGGCUCCGUCCGGGGGGGCCCGUUGCUGGCGCCGCCGCCGAGGGGAGCGCGGGCAGCCCGGGGUCCAUGGAGCCGCGGCUGUGAGGCGCCCCCGGCCCGGGCCCGCCGCGGGAGCCGGAGCCGGGCGCCGCGGGAGCCGGAGGAGAUGGACAAACUGACCAUCAUCUCAGGAUGCCUCUUCCUGGCCGCCGACAUCUUCGCCAUCGCCAGCCUGGCGAACCCGGACUGGAUCAACACCGGCGAGUCCGCGGGUGCUCUCACAGUUGGCCUUGUGCGACAGUGUCAAACCAUCCAUGGACGUGACAGGACCUGUAUUCCUCCACGGCUGCCUCCUGAGUGGGUCACUACGUUAUUUUUCAUCAUUAUGGGAAUCAUUUCACUAACUGUCACAUGUGGUUUGCUGGUGGCUUCCCACUGGCGAAGAGAAGCUACUAAAUAUGCCCGCUGGAUAGCAUUCACUGGAAUGAUUCUAUUCUGUAUGGCAGCCCUAAUAUUUCCAAUAGGAUUUUACAUCAAUGAAGUCGGAGGUCAACCAUAUAAAUUACCCAAUAACACAGUGGUUGGGUCUUCGUAUGUACUAUUUGUCUUAUCCAUUUUCUUUACAAUAGUGGGACUUCUAUUUGCUGGCAAAGUUUGUUUACCUGGCUGAUGAAUGUCUGAACUGCAGGACUUUAUAUUGGAAAAGAGCAAGACAUCAGAGUUGCAUUCUCAGGCUGACGCCUAGAUCAGACUAUCAAACACUUAAAAGAGGAAUGCUUUGACUUGUUCUCACUAUGCACUUUGGAUUAAAAAGGAGAGCCUUUCCCAUAACCAAAUACAGACAACGUUGACUAAUCUCCUGAGCAUAUUUAAUGCAGUCAGGUCUGCACUGUGAUAGGAACUAGUGAAGAAUGCUUUACACUGAGAAGCAUAAUGCCCCACGUUACUGUACUGUUCCUGUUUUUAAUGUCUAACGAUUUGGAAGUCAAAGUAUUUAUGAACUUUGUGGUAGACCAGAGGGUUGCAAAGGAAUUCAAGUGAGGCUGGCCUCGCUGUUUAGGAGAUUAGUAUUUUACAUCUUCCUUCUGAUGAGCAAAGCCUUUGGCACCAAUAUGGAUCAAUCUUGCAUUACUGCACCAAGAAGCCAAUAGAUCAAAAUAUGUUCUCUAAAAUGUAUGUAACAACAAGAAGAUAUACAUCCCCUCCCCCCCAUCAGCUCUAGAAAAACACUAAGGAACAUUUUAGAGGGGGAAUUCUUCCUUAUAUUUAUAUAAAUAUAUAUAUAAAUAUAUAUAUAUUUUGCUGAUGCAGUAUACAGUGUGUGUGUGUGUGUGUGUGUAUAUAUAUAUAUGUAUAUGUAUAUACACACAAAUGGUUCCUGGAAAAGAACUCAGAAUGCUUUGCUAGCAAAACACUGUGGUGUGCAAAACUAGAACUCAAUAGAAAAAAGCCAUUUCUCUGAAGGCCACAUAGCUGAGAGUCUUCAGUUUACCUCAUUCUUUGUAGCAGCCCUUGAUUUUAACAGUUUUUUGUAAUAGGUACAAACAAUCCCAUGCCUUUCUAGGUGCAAUUUUAAGUUAAGCUAAAAUUCUUUUUAUGGUAAUUUAUUUGUAUAUGAGGGUAGAAGGUGAGAUCAUGUCAUACCUUAAAGUUAAAAUCCUAAUUUUGGGAAACUGACACUAUUUAAAUUAUUAGCAACUGUUGUACAGAAAGUCUCUUUUUCUACUGCUUUGUUACACUAACAUUCAUACAUGUUCAAGCACAGCAGUUUUCCAUAGAGAAGCAUUUCUCUAGCACAUGUAAAAUGCAAUGUUUAAAUACUGCAAACACUAUUCCACCGUAAAGAUGGAUGAACUUAAUUUUCAUGUGAGCAUUAAUUCAUCUUUACAAAAACUGAGCAAUAUAAUUGUUAUAAUUGUUAUACACCUUGUUCACUAAGAUUGUUAUUAUAAAUGUGGAUUUAAGGACCGUCUAAAUUUGGAGUAAGUAUUCCUCACUGAAAGUAGCUUUAUUUUUCAACACAAAAAUAAACCUUUGGCUCCAUAUAUGGUGUUACACUUUGCUAUGCAGUCUAACCUUCCAGAAAGAAAAAAAAAUUGUUAAUGUCCCUGGGAAGUUGUCUGCAGUAUCAGUCUUUAUGUCCCAGUUAAUACAUGCUUUACAUUUCUGAGGUACAUUAUGAGAACAAAAAAAAUUCUGUUUCACGUGCUGUCUUGUUGAGCUUAUUAGAAGAGCUGCAGUACUAAACUCAGAUUUUUCUAACAUGUAAGUGAAAGUGUACUUUAAGAAUGAGGAUGCUGUCUUUAAAAUAUAAUUAGCUGUUUCCAAAAUAAUCACUUACCAGAUAAGCUUAAGUGUUUCAAAAGAAGACAAUUUGCACAAUCAUUUUAAACUGUGUGCCAGACCCUAAUGGGUCCCUGUCCUCUGCCUCCUCCUCGCCCUUCUCCUACCAAGGUAUUUUAAUUGAAAAAAAUGCUGAAAUAGAUAUGUUUUUCUUUUGACAUUUUUGAAGGAAUUUCUCACUAGAAUGCUCUAUAAGGGACUUUUUUUCCAGUCAGUUCACUCACAAGUAGAAGGAAAUGUUCACAGGAAACUAAGUUUUUCUGAAGUAUUCUAACCUGUAAAUAUAGCCAGAUUCCUACUUGGAACUGCUGGUUUAAAUUUGAUUUGGUUCCUAAUUUAAGCCUUGAUCUGCAUGGGUAGUCUGAUCCCCAGAGAUGUUGGUGCAACUGUGUAUGAAUGCAAUAUCAAAUGCCUGGUUCAGUUGCUGGAUGGGUGUCCAAAUUUUCAGCAUUAUCACUGGUGUUUCCUAAGGUACAGUAUUGACUAAAACUUAAAUCAUAAAUUACAAUGAAAAAAUAGAGCUUCUUCUUUCUUGCAAUGUCAGUCUUGUAAAUAGUUGUAGGAGAUUUUUUUAACUGGAACACAGGCUUGGGGAGGAGAGAGUUUCUCAGCUGCUAAGAUUUCCCCCCCAGGCUUACUUAUUUCAGUUACAGUAACAUCACGUAUACAGUGGAUUUAGGCUUAGAUUAAAUGGCUCACCAUUUAAUCAAAAAUAUAAACACUUAUGUCAGAGCAUACCCAGUCUGUGGCUGGCUGGCUGGCUGGAACUUUCUGAUCUGCCAAUGCUACUGCUAUAAAUUAUUAAAUGAUAGCGUAGAUUUAAACAGCAGAUUGUUCGAUUAAAUAUUUGAGUAUUUUAAGUCCAGAAAUAGAUAGAGCCAUCUGCAUUUUAAAAAACACACCCUGUAAAUGAAGAGAGACAGCUGUCAACAGUUGCUUUUAAUAAGGUCACUAAGUACUAUAUAGUACAGUAUUAAUUUAUAGCAGAAAAUCAUAUCUUGUAAACUGUAUAUAAAACACUGUUUUAUGGUGCAAUCAUUUGUCAAACUUAUGUCUGUUACUUUUGUUUUGAAGUUGUGUGCAUUCUUUUCAUACCUAAGAGCAUCACUGUAAAAUCUGCUGAAUACUAUUUAUAGGUUUUAUUUGCACAAUGUUGAAACUACAGGAAGUUCGUACUGAACAUGCCUAAACAUCUGUAGACUUUUUCAGUUCAUGAAAAGCAAAUGUUCACAUGAAUUUUCUCCAAAGGUAAUCCCGUGUAUGUUGAGUGUUUACGUAAACUUUUCUGAUUCUGCCAGCCAUUAUAUAUAUAACUUUUUGAAGGACAGCUCAUUUCAUGUGUCAUUAGAAAUUCUUAGUCUUCUGCUUCAAAAUUCCCCAGAAGGUUUGACAUCUUGUCAUAAUUUGAUUUGCGCGCGUUUUCUGGUUUAUUUGGCUAACACGACGUAAGAUCAGAAACUUGAAAUACCUUCAGAAGGAGAGAACUAGUUAAUUUGUGUGUAUAAAUCCUAUAGCUGAACUCAGAUGAAAUAACCCCCGGAAGCUGUUUGUCUCGGAUGUGCUUCCUUGAACGUUUGAUCAUGUAACGUUCGGGUUUCAGCUCCCUUGCUGGCAAGUGAAACCAUGUUACGGGCCGUGCUGGCAGCGUGCGCCGCCGCCUGAGCCUCGUCCCCGGCCGAUGCAGAACGCGCCGGAUUGGGGCCCUCCGACGUGUAACACCUGUGUGUCAGAGCCGUUACUUAACCACUUCAGAACACAACUGUAGAUUACUGUGUGCCCAAACAAGAUGUAAAAGCUGUCCUUUAAAAACUUCGUGAAGGAUGAAAAUAAUGAAGGAAAAUGGUGUCUGCAGAUGGGUUGUCCCGCCCGGGGGUGCCGGAGGCCCGAGCCUGCGGCCUCCCCCGUCCGCCCCGCCCCGCCCUUUGUUAAGGAUUGUUUUCUAAUUGGUUAGAACAUUUUUCAAUUAAUGAUUUCCGAACAAAUGUUAAUACAAACUGUAUAAAAUGAACAUAAUUUUCUUCACUUGUAUUUUUGUUAUUGAGCAAGUUUAUCAAAAUAAAUUGUCUACUAAAGCACCUGG